UUUAUUUUGGGAAAUUAAACAAAUAACGUCUAUAAAAAUUUACUUAUAAUAUAUUAUUGUUUUUAUUUUGUAGUCAGAUGAAAGUUAUUAAUGAAGAAAGAUAGUUGCCCAUCAAAGUUUCUAAAGAAAAAUAGAAGAAAACUUUAAGGGCAUAAAAAUCGUGUUCGGUAUAAAAUUUCAUAUUUUUGUGCACUUAGCCUUGAAAAAAUAAAAAAUUGGAAAAAAAUGUUUUCGUAGCAUUUUAAGAAUUUUAGAUUGUGCACGUUACAGUUUGUAAAAAAAUUUUUUAGUUCAUUAACUUUAAAAGCACAUAUUUACUUUGUCUGUUUCUGAUGUAAAUUGUAUUGAAAUCAUCUUUAAUUUAAUGUUUGCCUUCUUAAUUAAUUGUAUUGGUCAGAAAAGUUUUUAUUUUAAUAUCAAAUUUCGGAUUUCAACUAGACACAACAUUUAUUUAAAUGUAGAAAAUUUGUAUAAAAAUGAAUAAUUUAAGUACAUUUUUUAAAUAUGUGCUAUUGGGAAAUCUAUUUUUUAUGGUUUGGGGCGGGAAUCAUAUCAACGAAUGUACAAAAAUACCCAAAACAGCUCUCGAAAGUCAUCUUGCAACAAAAACUCCAUACAGAGUAAUUGCAAAUCGAAAUGAUUCCCAAUUAAAUUAUCCAGGUUGCGUCCCUAUAAGGAUAUGGUCUAUUGUAAGACAUGGUACUAGAAAUCCGAGUAAAAAAGUAAUCAAAAAGGCUAAAAAUGAUUUAAGUAUUUUGCGGAAACGUAUAUUAUCAUCGCAAAAGACCAAACUAUGCGAAAAAGAGUUAUCUUUGUUUAGGAAUUGGAAUUUCAAUUUAGGAGAAAGUGAAGAAAAAUAUUUAGUAUAUGAAGGAGAAAUGGAACUGAUAGAACUAGCAGCAAGAAUGCAAAAUCGAUUUCCAGAAGUUUUAUAUGACUACUACGACCCAGAUCAUUACAAAUUUAAAUAUACAGCGACACAAAGAACUUUAAGAAGCGCAGAAAGUUUUGCCACUGGCCUCUUUGGCAGAUACAAUACUGAUAGUAUUACUUACCCUGAACCUAUGCAUAGAGAUCCAAUAUUAAGAUUUUAUAAACUUUGUGAUAAAUGGAAAUUGGAUGUUGACAAAAAUCCAAAAUCUCUUAUUGAAACAAAAAAAUUCAUGGAAAGUGACUUAAUGAAAAAAGCCAUAAAAUAUAUGGUAAAUAAAACAGGAGUCAAAGGAAUCACAUCAGAUGACAUCCAGUUAAUUUACACGGUGUGUGCCUUUGAGCUUGCGUGGUAUAAAAGACGAUUUUCACCGUGGUGUACACUUUUUGAUGAUGAAACCAUACAAAUCCUUGAAUUUGCCAGAGAUCUUGAAUAUUAUUGGAUUGAUGGUUAUGGCUACGAAUUAACACAUAAACAAGCAUGUUCAGCGUUUUCAGAUAUGUUUUCUCAUAUUAGUCCGAAUUCUUCAUACCCAAACGCAACGUUUUAUUUUACGCACUCUGGAACCAUACUUAAGUUUUUGUCGCAUCUGGGACUUCAUAAAGAUAACUUUGUGCUAACACACAAAGACUUUUUAAAAGAGCGCAAAUGGAAAACAAGUGAAAUCGAUGCUUUUGCGAGUAACAUAGCUUUUGUUACAUAUAGUUGUGAAGAUGAAAGCUAUAAAAUUUUAGUUUUACACCAGGAAAAAGUAGUUCAUUUACCAGGCUGUCCAAAGGACAGCGAUCUUUGCGAUUUAAAACAAAUAAAGCAUAGUUUUAGAAAUAGUCUCGAAAAAUGUGAUUUUGAUGAAAUUUGCAAAAUUUCAUCAUCAUAGCUAAAAAAUUAGCAUAUUAUGUAUUUUUUUUAAGAAAAAAAAUUUUUUUUUUAAUUUGUUUUAGAUAAGGACGAUAAUUUUUUAAUAAAAAUUAAAAAUCUACUUUAAUUUAGAUUUAAGAUCUUAAUUUUUAAUAAUAAUUAUUAUUAUCAUUAUUAUUUGUAUAUUAUAUGUUGUUUAUUUAAAAGUUUUGUUUUCUAGGAGUUUUGCACAUUUGAGUCAAAAUAAUUAAAAUUAUAAAAUG